CAUCUACAUUUCUAAAAGCUGGUGUCUGCUGAGUUGUCUGGCUGGGUUGGGGGAGAAGUUUCUUGACUGCUGCUUCUUCCUGGACUGAGAAACGGGGCCUAGAAUAGGAUUAGAACUCAGGGUCUCCUGGUUGGUAGAAAGGAGACUCGAAGCGCUUUCCCAACCUGUCGCUGGGCUGGAGCUCAGGAGUUUGUUUUGGAGAAGAUGGCCAAAUAACUCCCCUUCAAAGGUUGGGCAAAUCUGCAGCUGGAUCUCCCGUUAGACAGAACCUGUCUCCAGGAUCGGGAUCUCCAGGUCUCUUUACAUUCCACACGGACCGGAAUCUUGAAAUCCAGCAGGGUGGACACGUGUGCAAGAGGCGAGGGGGUGAUCGCCUGGAGAUUUGCUCACUCACAGAGGAGAGAGGCGGAAGCUUUGCUCGGAAUCUGAAUUCUGCCCAACCGCCUAGGAUUAUAACUCUGUUCAUGCAUCGAUCAGCAAGCGGGGAUCCUUGCAAGCGGAGCAGAGGAAGCGAGAUUGUUGCAUAAAAGACGCCCAUGCCUCUUCCCACCGAUCGCUCCCCCACCCCUUCCACGGAGCCUUCCGCCCGGCCCCUUCGUUCACUCCCGCCUCUUUCCCGUCGUCCCCUUGGCCGUGAGCGGCGAGUAUGUUUCUGCGGCUACUGUUGGCAAGAGCCCGGUGCCCGCUGGUCCCCUGUCCCCCGCGCGGUAUCCUCCUCCUUGCCGCCUCCAUGGCCACCGGCACGCGCGCCACCGCUCGGCAGGGUCUCAUUCUUGGAUCCUUUGCCAGCUACGGUGAUGAUGAACCUUCUCAGUUGUCUGAUGCAGGAGAGGCUUUUGACAAACAAGUCAAUGGGAAGCUGAAGGAGUUACUGGCCAUUUCUGGGCCACCUCUGAAGAAAGGAAAGACCCGCAUCUUUCAUGGUUUGCAUCAGGCCUUUCCAAAUGUAGUAGUUGUUGGUCUGGGAAAGAAAGCAAUGGGAGUGAACAUAGAUGAAAACUGGAAUGAAGACAAGGAAAACAUACGGGCCGCUGUGGCAGCUGGAUGCAGGCAGCUGCAGGACCUAGAACUUCCUUGUGCUGAAGUGGACCCUUGUGGAGAUGCUCAGGCUGCAGCUGAAGGGGCUGCCCUCAGCAUCUUUGAAUAUGAGGAACUGAAGCAAAAAAAGAAACCCACCCUUGAAAUUCAGUUGCAUGGCAGUGAUGGAAUUGAUGCCUGGCAGAAAGGGAUUCGCUAUGCAGAAGGCCAGAACCUGGCCAGAUAUCUUAUGGAAGGCCCUGCAAACCAUAUCACACCAACCAAAUUUGCUACCAUCAUUGAGGACAAAUUAAAAAGCUUCGGUAGCAACGUGACUAUUCAUAAAAGAGAUAAAUCUUGGAUACAGGAGCGAGAAAUGGGGUCAUUUUGGAGUGUGGCAAAAGGCUCAGAUGAACCCCCAGUCUUUUUGGAAGUCCACUACCAAGGCAGCAACAACCCCAAAGAAGCUCCAUUGGUAUUUGUUGGAAAGGGGAUAACUUUUGAUAGCGGUGGCAUUUCGAUCAAGCCUUCAGCCAAUAUGGAUGCCAUGAGAGCAGAUAUGGGAGGAGCAGCCACCAUUUUUUCUGCCAUUGUCACAGCUGCAGAAUUGAAGUUACCCAUUAAUCUAAUUGGUCUGGCCCCCCUUUGUGAAAACUUGCCCAGUGGGAAGGCAAAUAAACCCGGAGAUGUUGUGACAGCCAUGAAUGGAAAAACAAUUCAGAUUGACAAUACAGAUGCAGAGGGAAGAUUGGUGUUGGCUGAUGCUCUUCACUAUGCACACAGUUUUAAUCCAAGGGCAAUUUUAGACACUGCAACAUUAACAGGUGCCAUGGAUGUAGCAUUAGGAUCAGCAGCUACUGGGGUUUUUACAAAUUCACAGCAGCUGUGGCAUCACCUAUAUGAGGCUAGCAUUCUGACAGGGGAUCGAGUUUGGAGAAUGCCUCUCUUUGAACAUUACACAAAGCAAAUGACAGACUGUCACCUAGCAGAUAUCAAUAACAUUGGAAAAUACAGGUCUGGCGGCGCAUGCACAGCUGCUGCAUUCCUGAAAGAAUUUGUGACUGCUCCUCACUGGGCUCAUUUAGAUAUUGCUGGUGUAAUGGAAAAUAAAGAUGAGGUUCCAUAUCUGCGAAAAGGCAUGGCGGGAAGGCCAACACGUACCCUGGUUGAGUUUAUUACUCGAUUGGCCCAAGACAAGCAAAGUUUUUAGAAAGCAGGUUUGCAAGGAUCACCUCUGGCUUUAAAAACAGUUAAUUUGAACCUGGAAUCAGCCAGUGUACUGAUAAAAUUCUAAAGGGUCAUUCAUCUUCGACUUUAAUUUUGGGGAGCUACUUUGAAAAGAUCCACAGCAAUGGACUAUAAAUUCAUUCCAUAGAGUUCUACUAAAUCAGUUGCUUUUUAUACUCUUCAGUCCAGAAUCUUUUCCUGUAUUUGGUAUCCAAAGAGCAAUCAGUCUAAACCAACAGGCUUUAUAAUAUGGAUUGAAUAAUAGAUACAUAGCUAUCACAUACAAUAAAUAUAUCUUCCAACA